AUGCUGGAGAAGACAAGGCUUUAUACCAAGAUUGUGGGUUAUACCCUCUUCGUUCUCUGGGCAGAGCUGCGACUUGCUCUCCGAGCGGCCAUCGUGCGACGACAAGCCUCUUGGUUUGGGUCCUCAGGAGCGGAAGAAAGAACUCGCAAUAUUGUUAUUGUCGGAGCUUCGUUUGCAGGCUACCGUGUGGCCCAAAUUAUUGCGAAAAACCUGCCUCCACGAAGCCCUUAUCGCGUCGUCAUCAUCGAGCCGAACAGUCAUUUUCAGUUCACUUGGGUGCUUCCUAGAUUUUGUGUUGUUCAGGGCCAUGAGCACAAGGCUUUCAUUCCCUAUGGCGGAUAUUUGACAGGAACCACAGAGGGUUCUUACCGCUGGUUGAAGGACAGGGCCACCGACAUUGACCAGACAACUGUGAAGCUACAGGAUAGCGGCGAGAUAAUACCAUACGAAUUCCUCAUCAUUGCUACAGGGUCGGGAGUCAAGGAUGGCCUUCCAUCUCGAGUCAAUGCUACAGACAAGCUGGAGGGAAUGAAGCUCCUGCAGGGGAUGCAGAAAGGAAUCGAAUCCGCCAAGACAGUCGUCGUCGUUGGAGGAGGCGCCGCUGGAGUCGAAGUCGCUACAGAUGCGAAGGCCCUUUAUCCCGAGAAGCAUAUCAUCCUGGUUCACUCGCGACCUGCAGUAAUGCAUCGUUUCGGAAAGGGCCUUCAAGAAGCUGCGCGCGAGGGGCUUGAAAAACUUGGCGUGGAACUUGUUCUUGAAGACCGUGUUGUGGAUGAAGAUGCAGCUUCGGGGGUAGUCACGCUCAAGUCUGGCCGAAAGAUCACUUGCGAUUUCUUUAUGAACUGCGCCGGACAAAGGCCACUCUCCGACGUGAUUGCCAAUCUUUCUCCCAGCUCCAUCUCGUCCACCAGACACAUCAAAGUCAAAUCCACCCUCCAAAUAGCCGACGAUUCUCUACCAAACGUCUACACUUGCGGCGAUGUUGCCGAGACCAACACUCCGAAUCCAAACUCUCGAUCAGCGAUGCGCCAAGCAACCGUUGUGGCGGAAAAUGUUCUUCUUGCGGCUGCGGGCAAAAAGCCUCGCUACACCUACGAGAACUACUGGGCAGACGGCGUCAUUAAGCUGACCCUGGGACUGGUAUACUGCCUUUCCAAAGCCACCUCCUAG